AUGCACCCAUUCUUCUCGUUCUCGCCACCACACCCAGAUGAUCUGCCAAAGUACAGACAAGAAGCACCACAAACCCCAUCUCACGUUAUACUCCACUACAGCGUCUUUAAAACAACCUGGGACUGGCUGAUCCUUAUCAUGACCUUCUACACCUCGGUGAUGGUGCCGUUCUGUGUGGCCUUCGAGCACGAUGAAAUCUGGGAAUGGUGGAUCUUGAACGCGUUUGAGAAUAUCGUCGACACUGUUUUCUUCGUAGACAUCGUGCUCAACUUUCACACCACCUUUGUUGGCCCCGGCGGAGAGGUGAUUUCGGACCCGACUGUAAUUAGAAUAAAUUAUCUGAAGGGCUGGUUUCUGGUCGACUUGUUCUCUUGCCUGCCGUAUGGUGUCUUGGAUGGAUUUGGGGCCAAGACGGGCGUGGGCGACAAGUUUAAAUUAAUGAGUGCCUGA